AUGACACUGAAGGCAAGGAUUGAAAAUGGAAUCGUCUAUUCCCCUUACCCUUCGGAAGCCGUGCCAGAGAUGUCACUGUACCAGGCUGUAAAACAGCACCUCGAGCAACAUGGCAACCGAACUGCUGUGGUCUGGGAAAAUGAAGAGAUCACGUUCGAGGACCUUCUCAAGACAUGCCAGCGAUACGCAGCUGGGUUCCAGGGGCACGGCAUCAAGAAAGGCGACAAAGUUUUGGUGCAUCUCGACAAUUCCCUGGAGAACCUGAUAGCCAUAUACAGCGUUAUAUUUGCCGGAGGAGUGGCUGUGUUAUCCUCCCCAGGUGUGUCAAAAGGGGAUCUCCUCUACAAAAUCCGAAGCAGCAACGCUACCUACAUUCUCACCACAGCAAGCGAAGCUAAUCGAUUCAAGGACUUCUUACAGGAGCUGGACAUGAAGGGUUACUUCACCGUCGGCACAGCCGAAGGGUGUGUUUCCGUCACUGAGUUCAAGAAGCUAAAUGAAAACAUGUACAAGGAAUUCCCGGUGGAGGACGUGAAGAACGAAGUUAUUAUGCUACUUUACACAUCGGGGACAACGGGUCGCCCGAAGGCCGUCGAACAUACGCACUACGGCAUCGUGGCCAGGUUACCUCCCUGCGGACAUUACUUCUUCACUGAUGAGGACAUUGUCGCUUCCCGAAUUUCUAUUGCAUCGUUGUUGGGCUUUCGAAUUUUCUUGAGCGCAUCCUACACCGGAACAAAGGCCGUUCUGUUCUCCUCACCGGCAAGUACAGAAGAAAUGAUUAACGCCAUACAAAAGUACAAGGUGACGACGGUGGUAGAAAGAUACACAACAAUAUUAGAGCUCUCCAAAAAAAUUGAGCAAGAAGGAGUUCGGCUAAAUUUCGUCAAGAACGUAAUUUUUACUGGCAUAAAAACCACGCUUCGAAAAGUAAAGGAACUGGAACCCUCGUUCGACUCAUCCACCCUGAAAAACGUUUAUGCAAGUAACGAAAUUGGCUGGAUCUGUCAACCUCCAAUGGGCGUCUCCAAAUGGUAUGGCAUUGGAUUUCCAUCUCCAAUGGCUCAAAUUAAGAUUGUGGAUAUAAAGAGUGGGAACGUGCUUGGACCGAACGAACAAGGAGAGGCGUUAGUCAAGACGCCGACUUCCAUGAGGGGAUAUUACGGCAACCCCGAAGCCACAUCGCAGGCCAUCACAUCUGAUGGCUGGGUACGAACAGGGGACAUCUGCUAUUACGACGAAGAUGGACAGUUCUUCUUUGUUGAGAGGAUAAACCUGCUCUUGCGAUGCAAUGGAAUCCUCGUGGCGCCAUCCUCAAUUGAGAGUGUGUUGCUCAGCCACGAAGGAAUUGUAGACGCUGCGGUAAUUGGUGUUUUUCAUCCAAGGUAUCAGGAAGUAGCCAUGGCCUGUGUCGUAUUGAAGACAUCUCAUAGCACACUUAACGAAGCAGAAAUACAGAACUUCGUUGCAGAUCAACUUGAAAGCAACAUGCACCUUCACGGAGGAGUCAAGUUUGUUCACGCAAUACCAAGGGACGACUUCGGUAAAAUCAUCAGAAAGAAAUUGCGAGAGUUCCUUCAAGUGGACGACUAA